GACAAUGCUUCCCGGGCAACACAAUCACAAGCAACACAGCGUCUUCUCCGGCGAAGACGAGGUCCCCGAUAUCUAACGUCACCAGGACGUGGGUUUUCUAACUCACGAUCUCGGGGGCGUCCGGACUGAUUCACUCAGGUCACGGUUACACCUUCCCGAAUGGCCCUCUAAGCCAAGGUCCGAGUCUCAUAGGAAACGCCCUUAGAGAGCCGUUCCAUCCUCUAUCUUUAUUUCAGCCUUCGGGUCUCAUCAGGCGAUGCUUCUGCGCUCGCCCAAACCGUAGUGGUCCCACAUGGAGCCAUCGGCACUUACUUAACACGAAAAAAAAAUAAUUCAUGUCUCAGUCCACAUUACCUACCGUCGCUUGUAAUUGAAAUUUUAGUUUUAAAAUAUGUAAAUGGCCUUAAAUAAAAAAGCUACUUUGAUUACAGUUGCAUGGCCUAUACUCUCACGAGGUGCAAGACGCUUUGUAAAACUUGACCUACCGGCCUCUGCUACUGUAUUACAAAAUAAUUCAAACGGGACAGUUGUCCUUCUCGGUACUGUACAUUUCAGUAAACAAUCUGUAGAGGAUGUCAGCCAGAUAGUCAAACAACUAAAUCCAAAUGGAAUCCUAAUAGAACUGUGCCGACAAAGAGUUUCUUUAUUAGAGUUAGAUGACGAGAAAUUCUUAGAAGAUGCUAAAAAUUUCGACGUAAAGAAAAUUAAACAUGCAGUUAAGGGACAGGGGUUGGUUUCUGGAAUGCUCCACGCGAUGUUGCUUAAGACCUAUGCGGAUAUAGCGAAGGAAUUAGGGGUCGCCCCGGGGGGAGAGUUUCGAAGAGCUUAUCAAGAGAUGAAGAAAAUACCUGGUUGCAAGUUAUUUCUCGGUGAUCGCCCUAUUCAGAUAACAAUAGCAAGAGCAUUCCAAUCCUUGACUGUUGUGGAACUUGGUCAAGUCCUUUAUCAUCUUACUAGAUCAAAUCCCAAACCGUUAAACAAAAAACAAUUGGAGAAAUAUAAAAAUAAAGACUACGUUCAGGCUCAAUUUGAAGAGAUAACAAGAGAAGUGCCGGCGUUUAAGAAAAUAUUCCACGUGUUUGUUGAUGAGCGUGAUAGGUGUCUCGCGUUUUCUUUGCAAGAGUGUGUUCGUACAGUUGAAGAGCCACGAGUAUUAGCGGUUGUAGGCAUGGGCCAUGUGGAUGGAAUUGUAAAAUAUUUUGGCAAAAUGAAACAAGAGGAUAUUGUGCCAUUGUUAGUAGUUCCUCCGCGUCCUUUUUAUAUAGUUUUACUCGCUAAAGGAAUAAAAUACACAUUUUACUUUUUAAUUUUUUCUUUUGUUUACCGACUUGUAUUUGGUUAGUUAAUUAAAGUGUUUAGCAUUCAUAUUUUAAUGAUUUUUAUUAAAAUACUUGGAAAAUUUGGAGUCUUAACCUUUGAUAUUGCUAUCUGGCUUCUACAUCAUAUAGCCACUUCCAAACUCUAGUUGCCUUACCAGGUACUGUUAGUUACUGUACUUACUUAACUAAGGUUACUAGUUAACUAAGUUAUAAGUAAUAUAAUUGAUAACGCCUUACACAAAAAUAAGACCACCAUUACCAAAUGACAAUGAGCGCCAAAUGACAAUGACAAUGAGCUGGGGGACUUCUUUCAUGAAAAGG